AUGUCCACUGAGAGAACUUUCAUCGCUAUCAAACCAGACGGUGUCCAAAGGGGACUUGUUGCCCCCAUCAUUGCUCGGUUUGAGCAGAAGGGGUACAAGCUUGCCGGGAUCAAGCUCGUUCAGGCUACUCCUGAGUUGUUGGCGAAACACUACGAGGAACACGUCAACAAACCUUUCUACCCGAAGAUGGCCGCCUUCAUGUCCAGUGGUCCCAUUGUCGCGAUGUGCUGGGAGGGUAAAGACGUGGUGAAGCAAGGGAGGGUCAUCCUCGGUGCGACGAACCCGUUGCAAAGUGGGCCGGGAACAAUUAGAGGUGACUUCGGGAUCGAUCUGGGGAGGAACGUGUGCCACGGGAGUGACUCCGUGGAGAGUGCCACGAGAGAGAUCGGAUUGUGGUUCCAAGAGAACGAGUUGAUCCAAUGGACCAAGAUCGCGGACGCUUGGAUUUACGAGUAG